AUGUCAGCGGCACCUCAGGUUCCAUCUGGCGAUUUGCUUCCUUCCGAGACACUCCCGUCUCCUUCGGUUUUCGGGCACACCGGCGCCGUGAGACCCGCUGACCGGCACCGGCUCCGAACCCGCCGAACGCCGGCCGUCACUUCGACAUGCCCCCGUUCUGCCCGCUUCAAGCUCCGAUGGUCGGGGACUCUGCAGUCAGCCUUGCGUAGCAUGCCCCUCAACAAAGUCUGCCCGAUCCCCUGCAUAUCUCGGCAAAGAUAUGCGUACUCUUCACCGCAGACCAAAGAGAUUUAUCGGCAAACCAGGCCGAUGAAUCCCAGCUAUGGAAGGAAACUGCGCUCGUCGUGGAAGGUCAAGCAGGCAGUGAACAUCCAAACAAGCUGCAUCUUCAGUCCAACCCUCAGACGUACUGCACGCUACGCCUCGCAACCUUCCCAUUGGACUCUCCGUCGAAUGCUUCCACCUAAAUCCCGGUAUAUGAUCCCCUUGCCCGCGUUUUUCUCUCGGCGGCGGCAAGAAUGUUCCCAAAACAUCCUUCGCUACGACGCCAGAAGCAGAAUGUCUCCCCUGAAUCGUUUUCAGAAAAAUAACAGUGCCCGCACAUCGCAUUGCGUAGACUCUCAACCAAAGGACGACGACGACGACGACUUGACACCGAAAAGAUCAUCCCAACUCGCAGGCAACGCAAACGCGAAAUGCAAGCCCUUUCCCCUCCCUCCAAUCCCCUUUGAAGAUUAUCUCGUUCCCCAAACUGAGGUCAUUCCACCCCCCGUUUGGCCCCAUCCCAGGAUCCCCUCCCCGGGACACCCCAACACCCUUUCAACCGCAGUUGCACAGCACAGCCAAAAGGUCAGGCGCGAGCCCUGUCUCAGCGCUGUCUGCAGGAAAGGAUACCCCGAGUUCACAUCACGCUGCCAGCGAACACACACUCAAACCCACGAAUGA